AUGUUGGUUCGAGGGCUAAGCGCUAUACGCCAGCACUCGACGGUGAAAACUGUUGGGAUAAUUUCGUUCCCCGCAAGGGCCUUUCAAAAAAAGGCUUUAAAUCAGUUUCACCCAUUUAACAACCCUCGCUUGAAUGAACGGGAGAUCAAAUUUUUGAAUCCAUUCACAUCCAGCGACCAUACGAGAAAAUGGAGAUACGCGUGGAAUCACGUACAGGAACAUGCGAAUGCGUUGAGGAGACUGGCUUUGUCAAAUGCAACUCGACGAUACGCAACCAAAAUCGCAUCAGCCUCCCCCAAGGAUCAAAUGUCAAAAUCAUCUUUGACCGUUGGAAAAACUUCUGGUUCCGAUCAAAAGAUCACGGAUUGGAAAAUUGUUAAAAAUCUGAUCGGAUAUAUAUGGUCCAAGGAUGAUCUCUCGGUUAAACUUCGUGUAGUGGCUGCAUUGUCCUUGUUGGUUGGAGGAAAAAUUCUCAACGUUCAAGUUCCGUUCUUUUUCAAAAACAUAAUCGAUUCCUUGAACGUAGACGUAGAAAAGAUAGGAACCGUUUGGACUGUUGUUGGCGCUGUGAUUCUUGGAUAUGGUCUUGCGCGAAUUGGCGCGACCGUUUUCCAGGAAUUGCGAAAUGCGGUAUUUGCCAAGGUGGCACAGAAAGCUAUUCGUCAGGUUGCAAAGAAUGUGUUCCGUCAUCUACAUCAGUUGGACUUGAAUUUUCAUCUUUCGCGUCAGACAGGAGGCUUGAGUAGGGCUAUCGAUCGCGGCACAAAAGGGAUAAGUUUCUUACUUUCAUCUCUUGUGUUUCACGUGUUACCGACGGCUCUGGAAAUUUCCAUAGUCUGCAGCAUAUUGGUAAUAUCGUCCUUGAUUUCUCUGAUCAUUCCCUACGAUGUUGUCCUACACGGCGUUUACAAUUCGAACAACUUCAUGGCGUAUGUUUAUCAAACAUCAAAAAGGACGAGAUUUCGAAAGAAGGCAAAUGAAGCAGAUAACGAAGCGGCAACAGUGGCUGUGGACUCCUUAAUUAACUACGAAGCCGUCAAGUAUUUCAAUAAUGAGCAAUUUGAGGUUGACCAAUAUGAUAGGGCUUUGUCCAAAUACGAAAAGGCCUCCCUCAAGCUCGCCACAUCUUUAGCCUUCUUGAAUUCAGGACAAAAUAUCAUAUUUAGCACGGCCCUGACCAUCAUGAUGUAUCUAGCUGCUCAAGGAAUUGUCUCGAGUUCAUUGACCGUGGGCGAUUUGGUUAUGAUAAAUCAACUUGUAUUCCAGCUUUCGCUGCCUCUGAAUUUUCUUGGCUCGGUCUAUAGAGAGUUGCGUCAAAGUUUAAUCGACAUGGAGGCAUUGUUUAAAUUGAAUGAUGUGAACAUUGCCAUUAAGGACGCACCCGAUGCAAAGGAAUUAAUACUAAAGGGUGGUGGGAUAUCCUUUAACAACAUUAAGUUUGGUUAUCAUCCUGAAAGGCCAAUAUUGAAUGGCGUCAAUUUUGUCGCACAAGGAGGGAAAAAAACUGCAAUAGUGGGACCCAGCGGAUGCGGAAAAUCAACCAUACUGCGGUUAUUAUUUCGGUUCUAUGACCCACAAUCUGGAAAUAUAGAUAUAGAUGGACAAAAAAUCCGAGAGGCUACAUUGAAAAGUUUAAGGUCUAACAUUGGAGUUGUACCUCAGGAUACCGCACUAUUCAACAACACAAUUUAUCAUAACAUCGCCUAUGGAAAAAUAACGGCGAGCCACGAUGAAGUGGUAUUGGCCGCAAAAAAAGCAAAUAUUCAUGAUGUGAUAAUGUCACUGCCUGACAAGUAUGAAACAAAGGUGGGAGAACGAGGAUUGAUGUUGUCAGGCGGAGAAAAACAGAGAAUAGCACUAGCGAGGGCGAUAUUGAAGAAUCCACCGAUUUUAUUUUUUGAUGAAGCCACAUCAGCGUUAGACAUACAUACCGAGCAAUCGUUGCUUUCAAAUAUAAGAAGUAUACUGCAAGAAAGUCAAAAGACCAGCAUUUUUGUUGCACAUAGGUUGAGAUCAAUAGCUGAUUCAGACGAAAUCUUUGUUCUGCGCGAUGGUAUCAUUGCGGAACAUGGAACGCACGAUCAACUAAUACAAAAAGAGGAUGGGAUAUAUCGAGAUAUGUGGUUCACACAAGAGAU